AUGUGCAACACCGUCUGCCGCGAGGGCUGCAUCGUCAUCAAGACCAUCUACAUGGUGUGUGCCCACACCUCCCCCAUAUCCCAGUGGAUGUCUUUUUGCCCGAGGAGCAGCGCCAGCGCCAAUGACAAGACCGCCGUCUGCACGCCUGCGAGCCGUGCCGAGGUCCGCUUCGGCUGGUGCGCCGGCUGCACCGCAUUCUACGCGCCGACAGACCUCGACAACGAGGCUCUGAUCCGCAACUACUGGACCUUCAAGACCGCGCAAGGCAUGCUGGAGCCGCUCGACAGGCCGAGCAGGGUCCCUGGAACCGCCCUCGUGGGAUCCUCUCCGCGCGCCACCGCAAGAGACCCUGCCGCGCCAGCCGCCGAGGUUGAAAGCAUGGCUGUAGCGCUCGCGAAUGCCAGUUCUGGCGCCUGCACCGUGGCGCAGGCGAGGAUUCAAGCGACAAGGUAUCGCAGCGAGAUGCUCAAAUGGGCUGCGAAGAGGCGGGCUGGCCACAGCAGGUCCUGCUGUCCCGGCCUUGACAAGCCUCUGCCGCUCACACCCUGUUCGGCCGGGUCGAUGACGGCGCGAUUGGCAAGCAACUGCAAUGCGGCGGACCUGGCGACUCAGCCUCAGCAUGCAAGCUGUCAGAACUUUGAGACGCUCAAGCCCUUGACUUAUAGCCCUCCCUCACGGUCCAUCACCAGCACCCCGGGUUUCGAGACCAAGACAUUGCAGCAGCCAGAGUCUACCAGCGUCGAUUUUUGCUGGAAUCACUGCGCCAUCGUCGCUGAGGAUGGCGUCUGUCACGAGUGUGACGACGAAAGCCUGCAUCUGCAGAUGCGUGACCGGAUCAAACGCUUUCCUGAUCGUGAUCCCAAUAUUCUUAGGAUCCAGGCCGCUAAGCAGAUUGCCGCCAGUGCCGUGCAGCCACUUUGUUUUUGUGAUGGAGAGGGCUUCGAGUGCGCUCCCUGUAGCGACCGACGUAUCAGCACCAGUGCUAUCGGUACCAAGCAAUGGAUCUAG